AUGGGGAUAAUACACAUUGUCAUGUUCUCGUUCCAGCCUCUGGCCACGCCCGAGGAGGUCAAGGGGGUCUGCAACGGCAUGCUGGAGCUCAAGGACAAAUGCCUCCACCCGGAGACGAACAAGCCGUAUCUGAAGAUGGGAAUCGGCGGCAUCAACAACAGCCCAGAGGGCAUAGGGGGCGGCAUCACCCACGCGUUUGUGAGCGAGUUUGACAGCGAGGAGGACCGCAGAUAUUAUCUCGAAAAGGACCCGGCGCAUCUGGCCUUUGUCAAGAGCAUCUCCGGUGUCGUCUCCAAAGCCCAGGUCGUCGACUUCAGCCCGGGCGUCUUCCAGCUCUGA